AUGUUGUCGCGAUCAGUAUGGAGGAACCUGGGCUAUAAUGCCCGUCGAAGAACGGCCAUACCCGAGGUUCCCUACCGCUGCUUUUCCUGUUCGCAGCGAGCUCAAGUGGACUCCAACAAGGCCAACCAAGAUGAACGGAUGACCCAUUUUGGCUUUAGCAAUGUUCCUGAAUCGCAGAAGGAGUCCAUGGUCGGAGCGGUCUUCAGCUCAGUUGCUUCUUCCUACGAUGCUAUGAAUGAUUUCAUGUCACUCGGAAUCCAUCGCUUGUGGAAAGAUCAUUUUGUUCGCUCCUUGAACCCUGGAUCGGCGCUACCAUCUCGCAACACCGACACGACAGGAAAAGGGUGGAAUAUCCUGGAUAUCGCCGGCGGGACGGGCGAUAUCGCGUUUCGCAUGCUGGACCACGCGACCAACAUUAACUACGAUCAUGAUACCCGUGUCACAAUUGCUGAUAUCAAUCCGGAUAUGCUUGCGGAGGGUAAAAAGAGGAGCAUCCAGACCCCUUACUACAACACGGACCGUUUAUCUUUUAUGCAGGGCAAUGCCCAGGACAUGCCCAACAUUCCCGAUAACUCAGUUGACCUCUACACGGUUGUCUUCGGCAUCCGCAAUUUCACAGACAAGCAGGCCGCCCUACAUGAAGCAUUCCGAGUGCUGAAGCCUGGUGGUGUGUUCGCUUGUAUGGAAUUCAGCAAGGUAGAGAACAGCGUAUUCAAUGCGGUCUACAAGCAGUGGAGUUUCAGUGCCAUCCCGAUGAUCGGUCAACUAGUGGCGGGAGAUCGGGACAGCUACCAGUAUCUGGUGGAGAGUAUUGAGCAGUUCCCCAGCCAGGAAGAAUUCCGGGGGAUGAUUCAGAAGGCCGGUUUCAUGAUCCCUGGCCGGGGAUUCGAGAAUCUCACUGGAGGGAUUGCGGCUAUUCACAAGGGUAUUAAGCCUCUUUCCCAGGCUUGA